AUGUUUUUCUUUCGCUUUUUGUAUGCGGUUUACCUCUGCCUUUCGUUUGCUCCGAUAUCACACGCAGCACCAACAUUGAGUACUAUUACCACAGUCCAGAAUGGUGUAACAAACUAUAUUGUAACAACUUUGAAUGGUGCUGCUGGUGCAGAAACUGCCACGACGGGGACCGGUACUACUGCAACUGGUACUGCAACUACUACUGGCACUGGUACUGCAACUACUACCGGCACGGGAACCACAACCGGCACUGGUACCAAAACUGGCACGGGAACCACUACCGGCACUGGAACUGGCACAACUACCGGAACUGGCACAACUACUGGAACUGGCACAACCACUGGGACCGGUACAACUACCGGAACUGGCACAACUACUGGAACUGGCACCACCACUGAAACCGGCACCACCACUGGCACUACUGCUACACCAGCCACUCCUGUUGCUGCUGCAACUUCAUCUUCAUCAUCCGUUUCAAAAGCUCCAGGCACGAGGCCAGAUCCAACCACAAACGCAACUCCACUGCCCGCCUCAGCUGUGACAACCCUUUCCAUCGAAUCCUUCAUCACCAUGACUGAAGCAUCUACCACUUACACCACUACUAGAGCGCCCACCUACAUGUGGGUGACAUACACCACAGAGGGGCGUACUAUAACGACCUCAACAACUUUUAUUCAGAGGUUCCCAACUGAGUUUUCCGUUGCGGCAACUCCUUCAUCUGGAUCCGUAGGCUUAGGUUCUCUAAGCGGAGAGGUGGGUCAGGUCAGAACUGCAGGUGUCGUCACUCUGUCCAACGGCGCACCCGACAUGAUGGCCACCCUUCCUUUGGUUGGAGGUGCGUUGGCGCUGAUUUCAUGGUUGCUAUAA